UCUAGCAUCCUUUGGCAAUUUAUGCAUUAUUUCUAUGCCUACAGGAACAAGCAAGAUUGCACCGACGACAGAAAGUUUCGUAAUGCAGGAAACUAGGAAGCCUUCUACACUCAAAGUCUCUAAAGGUAUUUCAGUUUGAUAGUAUAUUAUUGCUUGGAAUACAAACCUCUAGUUUUAUCAGUGUUGUCAUUUGGCUUCUUCUGGCUUGCUAGCAUACCCUUUUACUCUCAUCAAACCGUCUCAGGAGGAAGGUGUUAUCACUCUUCAGGAUCUGAUCGAGCAUCCUUUGGCAAUUUAUGCAUUAUUUCUAUGCCUAUAGGAACAAGCAAGAUUGCACCGACGACAGAAAGUUUCGUAAUGCAGGAAACUAGGAAGCCUUCUACACUCAAAGUCUCUAAAGGAGGAAGGUGUUAUCACUCUUCAGGAUCUGAUCUAGCAUCCUUUGGCAAUUUAUGCAUUAUUUCUAUGCCUAUAGGAACAAGCGAGAUUGCACCGACGACAGAAAGUUUCGUAAUGCAGGAAACUAGGAAGCCUUCUACACUCAAAGUCUCUAAAGCAUUCCCCUUUGCUCUCAUCAAACUGUCUCGGGAGGAAAGUGAUGUUACUCUUCAAGAUAUAAACCAGCAAAACCAGCGAAUCCAUGCUCCCCCAAAGAAGGCCCCGGAGAUCCUGGGAACUUCACAUUUAUCUGGCAAGCCAGUGAUCGGCAUGACAAGAAUCAGAACAGAAGGGGGGAGAGGCAGCAUCACAAUUCUAAGGACAAAGGACUGACCAAUAAGGGUUGAUCUUUAUUUAUUUGCCACUCUCCAUUUAUCAGGCCUUGUUUAGUUUCGAAAA